AUGCAGCCGGGGUAGCAGCCACUUCAGGAUCUGGGUCUGGAUUUGUGCUGAGAACCACUAUGGCCUUUUAAAGCCAGUGAGGAGGUUUUCUGGGGGCCCAGAAGCCCUGAGCCCAUUGGCCAGACCUCUUGGGAGAAGCGGAGCGGAUUUGCAUCAAAAAGAACACUGGCUUCAUUGAAAUUCUCCUCAUCUUGAGUGAAACAAAACCACAAAGAAAAGGAAAGUUUUAAUUCUGAGAAACUUCACUGAGGAGCAAUUUUUUUUUUGAGCUUCUAAAAAUAGAGAGGAAAUGAGCCUCUUUGGGUCACUCUAGUUGCCGCCUCCCCUGCCCCAUGCCCGCCCCCACUGCCCACUCAAGGCCAGCCUCUCACAGUGGGUGACUGAGCUGUCUUCAGUGGAAGCCCGAGGCAGAUGCCACGCAAUUCUGGAGCUGGAUACAGCUGCCCACACGGGGACCCCAGCAUGCUGGACAGCAGAGAGACCCCACAGGAGAGCCGGCAGGACACGAUUGUGAGGACCACCCAAGAAAAAUUGAAAACCAGCUCACUGACUGACAGGCAGCCACUCUCCAAAGAGUCCCUGAACCAUGGUCUCGAGCUCUCAGUGCCAGAGACGGUGAAUAAUGCCCAGUGGGAUGCUCCAGAGGAGGCGCUGUGGACGACUCGGGCCGAUGGGCGAGUGCGCCUGCGCAUAGACCCCAGCUGCCCACAGCUUCCCUACACUGUGCAUCGGAUGUUCUACGAGGCCCUGGACAAGUACGGGGACCUCAGAGCUCUGGGCUUCAAGCGCCAGGACAAGUGGGAGCACAUCUCCUACUCCCAAUACUACCUGCUCGCCCGCAGAGCCGCCAAGGGCUUCCUGAAGCUCGGCCUGAAGCAGGCCUACAGUGUGGCCAUCCUCGGCUUCAACUCCCCGGAGUGGUUCUUCUCGGCAGUGGGCACAGUAUUUGCAGGUGGCAUUGUCACCGGCAUCUACACCACCAGCUCCCCCGAGGCCUGCCAAUACAUCGCUUAUGACUGCUGUGCCAAUGUCAUCGUGGUUGACACGCAGAAGCAGCUGGAAAAGAUCCUGAAGAUCUGGAAACAGUUGCCACAUCUAAAGGCAGUCGUGAUAUAUAAAGAACCUCCUCCAAACAAGAUGGCCAAUGUGUACACGAUGGAGGAAUUCAUGGAGCUGGGGGAUGAAGUGCCUGAGGAAGCCCUGGACGCCAUCAUUGACACCCAGCAGCCCAACCAGUGCUGUGUGCUAGUCUACACUUCUGGCACCACUGGGAACCCCAAGGGCGUGAUGCUGAGUCAAGACAAUAUCACGUGGACGGCACGGUACGGCAGCCAGGCCGGUGACAUCCGGCCGGCAGAAGUCCAGCAGGAGGUAGUAGUCAGCUACCUGCCCCUCAGCCACAUUGCCGCCCAGAUCUACGACCUGUGGACAGGCAUCCAGUGGGGGGCCCAGGUCUGCUUUGCCGAACCCGACGCCCUGAAGGGGAGCCUGGUGAACACGCUGCGGGAGGUGGAGCCCACAUCGCACAUGGGGGUGCCCCGGGUGUGGGAGAAGAUCAUGGAGCGCAUCCAGGAGGUGGCGGCUCAGUCUGGUUUCAUCCGGCGCAAGAUGCUGCUGUGGGCCAUGUCGGUGACCUUGGAGCAGAACCUCACCUGCCCUGGCAGCGACCUGAAGCCCUUCACAACCAGACUGGCAGAUUACCUGGUGCUAGCCAAGGUCCGCCAGGCACUGGGAUUUGCCAAGUGUCAGAAGAACUUCUAUGGAGCGGCCCCCAUGACGGCAGAGACACAGCGCUUCUUCCUGGGCCUCAACAUCCGCUUGUAUGCGGGCUACGGCCUCAGUGAGACCUCAGGCCCCCACUUCAUGUCCAGUCCCUACAACUACCGGCUGUACAGCUCAGGCAAGGUGGUGCCCGGCUGUCGGGUGAAGCUGGUGAACCAGGACGCAGAGGGCAUUGGCGAGAUCUGCCUGUGGGGCCGCACCAUCUUCAUGGGCUACCUGAACAUGGAGGACAAGACUUGUGAGGCCAUUGACGAGGAAGGCUGGCUGCACACGGGUGAUGCUGGCCGCCUGGACGCUGAUGGCUUCCUCUACAUCACUGGGCGCCUCAAAGAAUUAAUCAUCACAGCUGGUGGGGAGAAUGUGCCCCCUGUGCCCAUCGAGGAGGCCGUGAAGAUGGAGCUGCCCAUCAUCAGCAACGCCAUGCUCAUUGGGGACCAGAGGAAGUUCCUGUCCAUGCUGCUCACCUUGAAGUGCACUCUGGACCCGGACACCUCUGACCCGACUGAUAAUCUGACUGAACAAGCUGUGGAGUUCUGCCAGAGGGUGGGCAGCAGAGCCAUCACAGUGUCCGAGAUCGUAGGGAAGAAGGAUGAGGCCGUGUACCAGGCCAUCGAAGAGGGGAUCCGGAGGGUCAACAUGAACGCGGCGGCCCGGCCCUACCACAUCCAGAAGUGGGCCAUUCUCGAGAGAGACUUCUCCAUUUCAGGUGGAGAGUUGGGUCCCACGAUGAAACUGAAACGGCUCACAGUUUUGGAGAAGUACAAAGAUAUCAUUGACUCCUUUUACCAAGAGCAAAAAAUGUAAUCAGGGCCUAUGCCGGCAGUUUCUACAGAAUAGAGGGCAGGCGUUCCAAGCCUCUUCCUGAGCCCCAGGUCUCUUCAGUCUGGGCACAGGCAUUUCUGGCAAGUCUGUUAGAUCUCCAGGUCAGGACACAGCACUGGCUCUAAAUUUACCAGUUCUUACACCAACAAUAGCUGACAAUUCCGAGAAGCUUCACGUGUGGGUAGUUUUAAUUCAGUUUAAGUAUUGCUUUUUGUUCAGGUGACAAAUGAGAUCAGCUCUCCUUCCAGAACAAAAGGGCUGAUAAUUUUUGGCCUUAGUUCCAGGUAGAUUAAAAAGCUGCUAGCUCACAUACAGGACAGCCAGCAGCAGGCUGUGGAGGGGGUAAGAGAGAGAUGGCUGAUACUACUCAUGUGCGCUGCAGGAAAAGCAAUCAGUUACAACUCACCUAGCGACCUGACUUACUCUGGAAUCUUGGUGGACAUCGCCGACCCUAUUAUUCCAUUACCAGGCACUCCUCCACCACACACAUGCCAACUGACUUGAUGCUUAAUAAAACUGCUGCUGCCUGUUUGAUUCUAUUUAAUGUAUCAUUUGAAUAUUAAACCUUUUAACAGAACUGUCAACAAGGACCUGAUUUUUUUUGUCAAUUGAGCAGGUGGGACCAGUGCAGAGAGUAGUGGGUAUUUAACUCACAGGAUUGUGCACAGCAGGCAUGCGAGUGACCAUUAGUGCCCUGGAAUAAACAAAGGUGCAGGAUGGGGUCAAGUGGUGCAUUCUCAUAAAAGCAGCCAACUCUACGUUAGCCUGUCGCCACCAGACCACCCCGCUUCCACUCUGAAUACGGGAAGCAGCCAUUCUCAGUAGCAAGCUGAGCCAAAAUGACUGAAGGCAUCUGAACAGGAAACAGGUAUAGAAAGCAAACAUCUCAGUUUUGGAAUUCUUUAUUACUUUGAACCCAAGAGCCACUGAUAACUAGCACAAUCCAAUGAAACAGAGGAAGCAGCAGCUUAAACAAAGGAAAAUACAUUUAAGAUUAUAAGUCUGGUUACAACCUUAAAAAGUGACCCAGACAGGGAUAUCACUGCCAAAAAAAAAAAAUCCGCUUGUGACCUGGGUACAUUUUGCAAAGCCACAGGUUUGCAAUGUUACACAAGGGCCAAAGGAGGCCAUGAGUUGUCUUUGGUUGUGGGGCCAGAGGGUAACUGUUCAUGAAAAUAGUGAGCGUCUGAAGAUUAAGAAAAUCAUGCUGCAGCGGAGGAGAAGGGAGAGGCAGGCAGGAAGGGACAGGAGAUGCCUGAGGGUCAAAAGCUGAGCCCAAGCCUAAGCCCAAGCUCAAGCUCAAGCCCCAGCAUGGCACAAUUUUGUGAAUUAACUCAGGCUGAGUCGCCUCCAGUCUUUGGAAUGUCAUCUUAUACUGGUACUGCGGAGGCAGAGGGCAGUAAUUGGUGCUUUGGGAUAGAAGGGGCAGUUGCUGAAAUAGAAAAUUAACAGCAUCCCAAGUUCCUCAAUUGCAGCCAAAAUACAUGUGUUCAGGCCUUUUGGCAGUAUCGCCCCCAGAACUACCAGCUGUAGUGUGGUCCAUUCCCAGACAGCAACAUGCAAGAAUAAGUUGACGAUACACUCAGCCCUUCUGGCUUAAGAUCAGGGACUCAGAGGCUGUGACAACUCAUGAUGCUGAAAAUGUAUCCAACGAAAACGAAGUACUAGCUCUCUGCUUCAUUAAAAGCUCUUGGAAAGAAUAUUAAAUCUCAAGACAACAAAAUAAUUGAACACAUAAUACAUUUGUGUCUUUGUAUCCAAUAUAUUACCUUUGUCUUAUUAACAAAAAUUAUAUCUCUCAUUAUAUA